AUGAGGCAAGGUGGAUGCUUCAGAAGAACAAUGUCAAGCAAAGAUAAAUCAGAUCACCUUGAGAGAACGGCUGAGCAGCAACGGGAUAAUGCAGUAUAUUUAGCCCGAGUGACUGAUAUGUGGCAUUUAUCUCCAACUGUGAAGACUCUAUUUCUACAUGUGAAUACAACUGCAUCAUACAAGGCUGGUCAGUGGUUGGACUUAAUGAUUCCAGGUUUAUCCAAAGUGGGUGGGUUUACAAUGUGCACCAGUCCUUUACAAUUUGAUAAAACCAAAAUUCUACAAUUGGCUGUAAAGUACAGUGAACAUCCCCCUACAUACUGGAUACACAAACAGAGUAAAGUUGGAAAUGAAGUUUCAAUCCGUUUUGGAGGUGAUUUUGUUUAUGAUCCCAAACCUGAUGAUCCCCCCAGGGAUGUUUUAUUGCUCGGAGGGGGAGUGGGCAUUAAUCCACUGUAUUGCAUCAUGAACUACAUUGCUGACCUCAACAAACUGAAAACACCAAAACAAUUAAGUGAAGAUAAAAGGGUCAACACUCUUCUCCUCUAUUCAUCUAGUAAGACUGAGGAGCUUUUAUUCAAGUAUGAAAUGGAUGAAUUGGAAAAAAAUAAUGAAAACAUUAAAUGUAAAUAUUUUGUUACAAGAGAAAAGCCAACACAAGGGAACAUAAAAGGACAUCGUAUCAACAAAACAGACUUGGAAGAUGCAUUCAAGUUCAUCAAGAAAGAAGAAUGUCUAGCAUACAUUUGUGGACCAGUUUCUAUGAUUGAAACUAUAGAAAAAUUAUUACAAGAGUUAGGGCUCAAGACAAAUCAAAUAUUUGUGGACAGAUGGUGGUGA